GGAAUCCCCAACAAAGAGCUCCGUCAUUAAACACAAACAACCAGAGGCCUCCCAACAAUACCAAAAGCGCCCUCUUCUCUUUUAUGUCUGAGCAAGUGAAAAUCUAUUACUUUCAUCCCAAUAUGACCAUUCCGCUUCCAGUCGCCCAUUAUUAAAGCAGAUAAUCUGACUAGGGUUAUGGUGGACUUUGAUAGGUUUCAAAUGGAGAACAGAGAGUGUAUAGAGUUUCUAUAACCAGAAAAUCUCAGGUUAUGCACAUCAAAUAUUAUUUCUUCUCCAUUUUCACACAUAUGGUGAUGUUUAUCAAAACGAAAGCCCCUAGUGCAACUUCUGUAAAUUUUGAAAAAACAGAGUCACACAGUCCUCUUAUCAAAGGUAACUGGAACUCUGGAUCUGGAACACAUCAGAUGCACCAACCUGUCCACAUUCAAAUCACUAAUCAAAACUCACCUUUUUAUAACUGCUUUUAAUGUGUAAUUAAUAUUGUGUGAUUUUUUUUUUAAAUAUUUUUAUGAUGUCCUUGUUUUAUGAUCAUUUUAUCUGUGUAAAGUGUCUUUGAGUAUCCAGAAAAGCGCUAUAUAAAUAAAAUGUAUUAUUAUUAUUAUUAAAGAAGUCACCAAAUUCUUAUUUUCGCAGCAGCAGACAUUGCAGUUUUUAUCCCUCUGCGUCUGGAAACAUGUAAUUGUGCGUCAAGUGUGUGCGUAAAGGGCGGCUGCAGCAGGAGGCUUCGUGGGGGAUUAGGGUUUAAAUCUCUGCCUCACGUAGAGAAGCGUUUGGGGAUUUCCCCCCCAUCACUCUUUAAAUGCAGGAUGGUGAUCUGAUGUCACUGAAGUGUUUAUCAUCUUAUUUGGGAAGUUAAAACAGGCCUAUUUACGGGUAUUUAUGCUCCUUAAUUGUCAUUUUCUGUCAGCGUUGCACGUUUAGAUGACAGUUUAUGUCUUCUGUCUUUGUUUUUGGGUCGAUGUAAAAUUAAAAAAUUAAAUUAAAUAGCAUUACCUGAUAUUGAAUUCAAUUUUUUUUUAAAUACAUAGAAUACAAAGGUAUUAGGAAAGGAAUAAUAAAAAGAUAUAUAUAAAUGGAAUAUUUUUGGGGAAAAUGCUAAUAAUAACUUACAGUUUAGAAGUUAAAUAAUAUGUUUGACGGAUAAAACAAUACAAAUAAAUGGAAUAUUUUUUGGAAAAUGCUAAUAAUAACUUAUAGUUUAGAAGUUAAAUGAUAUGUUUGACGGAUUACUAAAAAUCGCUCUUACUUUAUUUUGUCGUCGUUUUAUUUAAAUAUUUAUUGUCACAACUUAACAUGUUUGGGCCCACUCUGAAAUCAACACCCUGAAUGAAGAAUGUGAACUCCUCUCUAAAAAUAGUCUCCUUCUGAUCUCCUGCUCAUGAGGAUGUUUUCACUAUAAUGGCUCUCUAAUGUCCGCGUCGACUUGGCACUUGAUGUGCUGGAUGAUGAUGAGAGUGCUGCUGGUGGGAGGCUGGUAACAGGCCUCUUCUUCUUGGUACCCUUUGCAUCUCUCUCAUUGGUCAGGAUGGUGCCUCGACGUGACAUCACAUCCAGCCGACCUACAGGAAAAGCAACACAGAUUACAGAUGAUGCUGGACACCUCGGAGGAGGACGCGCACUGCACUUUUUACGCUUUUACGCACAACAAUCACUCCAUUGUUGCGCUUAUAAUAUACGCACCGAAAUAAAGGAUACAUGCGGUUUGGAGAAGAGUCUGCUUUGUUGAAAAGAAGUAGGAGGAGGAUUGCGCUCGGAUUUUCACUUUUUUUUUUUUUGUGAAUGGAGACGAGGAGUCGUGCGUAAAAGUCUGUCCAAGAGUUCUAGAAUUCAAGAGUUCUAGAGUUCUACAGUUCUAGAGCUGUCACUCUCCACACCUGUUGGCAGGUGGUGUUGAGCUUUUUACCCGCCGGACAUCUACUAUGACAUUGGGUUUGGACAUCAUGGAGGAUAUUGUUAUCGACGUAGUAGGGGAAGGACUUAAAGACAGCGGAGAGGAGCAGCUCUUACCUUUGGAUGAGACGUCCAGCAGCCAGACUAAAGACUUGGACACCUACAGUCCAGAUCAUCCGGUGUCUCCUUCUCCUGCUAAAAACAAAGGUCCCGCAUCGGUGAAGCCUCCAUACUCCUACAUCGCUCUUAUCACCAUGUCCAUCCUGCAGAGUCCGAAGAAACGACUCACCCUCAGCGAGAUCUGCGACUUCAUCAGCCAGCGCUUCGUGUAUUACCGGGAGAAAUUCCCGGCGUGGCAGAACUCCAUCAGACACAACCUGUCUCUCAAUGACUGCUUCAUAAAGAUGCCCAGAGAGCCAGGAAACCCUGGGAAGGGCAACUACUGGACGCUGGAUCCAAACUCCUCCGACAUGUUCGAGAACGGGAGUUUCCUGCGGCGGAGGAAGCGCUUCAAGCGGCAGCACUUUCGCUUCGACCCGCUGAUGAAGGAGCACCACCAGCAGCAGCAGCAGCACCUGAUGGAGUCCAGCGGCGGACUGCACGGAUUCCCCGGGUAUGCGUUUGGUGCUGCGGCUCUGCAGCUGCCAAGUCUGGAGAUUUACCCUUACCUCCAUCACCAUCACCACGGAGCCAUCCCACCUGUCAGCAGCAUCCUGCCGGCUCUCUCCAGCUUCUUCUCAGCCAAGGCGUUCCUUCAGCAGGCGCAGCCGGGCAUCGACGCCUUCUCCCCGGCAACAUGUACUUCUUACUCCGCUCCUCUGAGCUCCAGCUACGCGUCUCCUGCGCUCUUCCACCCGGCUGCGUCUCCACACUUCCUCAGUUUACACCAGGAGUAUCAGAAACUACAGCGAGCAGGCACCAUGGACCUCCUGGCCAAACACAUCAACACUGCUACUACCAACGAAUAAUCACUACACACACAACCGGACUAUGAACUUUUUCUCAGGUAACAAGAGACAUUUUCAAGCAGAAUUCCUCCAGAAGUUGGAUGAGUCUGCUUUCAAAGAAUGUUGUAGAUAUGUUAAUUAAAAAAAACUCUCCCUACUCUUCACCUUUAUGGCAAAAAAAAUAUUUUUAACAAACGCCUUUUUUUUUCUUUUUUUUUUUGUUUUGAUCAUGAAUUAUCUUCCUUUUGUUUAAAAUAUUUAAAUGACGAGUUU